AUGGGUGGUUUUGUAGGAAUUCUCUUCUCGUUGGUAGCAAUAAUUGUACUGCUUCCAAUUCAUUCUGUUGGUGGCACUACCAGGAGCUAUGAGUUUAAUAUCCAGCUGAAAAACGUGACACGACUCUGCCACACUAAGAGCAUGGUUACGGUGAACGGGAAAUUUCCAGGUCCACGUAUUGUUGCUCGGGAAGGUGACCGAUUGCUUAUCAAAGUUAUCAACCACGUCCCCAAUAACAUUACAAUCCAUUGGCAUGGUAUUCGACAGCUUCGGAGUGGAUGGGCUGAUGGGCCAGCUUACAUAACACAAUGUCCCAUACAAACUGGACAGAGUUACGUGUACAAUUACACUAUUGUUGGACAAAGAGGAACGUUGUUUUGGCAUGCACAUAUAUCAUGGCUACGAGCAAGUCUUUAUGGCCCUCUCAUCAUUCUUCCAAAGCUUAAUGUCCCCUACCCUUUUACCAAGCCGUAUAAAGAAGUUCCCAUCAUCUUCGGAGAGUGGUUUAAUACCGAUCCGGAGGCCAUAAUUGCCCAAGCAACACAAACCGGUGGAGGUCCAAAUGUCUCUGAUGCCUAUACCUUCAAUGGGCUCCCCGGGCCUUUGUAUAACUGUUCUGCGGAAGAUGUGUUCAAGCUGAAGGUUAAGCCUGGGAAGACAUACCUCCUGCGAUUGAUCAAUGCAGCACUCAACGAUGAACUCUUUUUUAGUAUAGCAAAUCACACCCUCACCGUUGUUGAAGCUGAUGCUAUUUAUGUAAAACCUUUCGACACGGAAACACUCAUACUUGCUCCGGGCCAAACCACCAACGUCCUCCUAAAGACCAUUUCAGAAUUUCCURGUGCCAACUUUCUCAUGUCUGCUAGACCAUAUGUAACAGGCCAAGGAACCUUUGACAAUUCGACAGUUGCUGGUAUUCUAGAAUAUGAAUCAUCCAUUCCCAUGAAAAACCUCCCUCUCUUCAAACCUACAUUGCCAUCCUUAAAUGACACUUCAUUCGUGUCAAAGUUUACAAAUAGACUUCGAAGCUUGGCAAGUGCUCGAUUUCCGGCUAACGUCCCACAGAAGAUUGACAGAAAUUUAUUCUUCACCGUAGGACUUGGGACAAAUCCUUGUCCCAAAAAUAGAACUUGCCAAGGACCGAACGGAACUAGGUUUGCGGCAUCUAUCAAUAAUGUAUCCUUUGUACAACCGAGUGUUGCCCUUCUCCAGUCCCACUUUUUUGAUCGAUCAAAGGGUGUUUAUAGUCCAUAUUUUCCGAUUAGCCCAUUGGACUGGUUUAACUAUACAGGGACUCCUCCAAAUAAUACCUUUGUGAGCAAAGRUACAAAAGUCAUGGUUCUUCCAUUUAAUACUAGUGUGGAGUUAGUCAUGCAAGAUACCAGCAUUCURGGUGCUGAAAGCCACCCACUUCAUCUCCAUGGCUUCAAUUUCUUUGUGGUUGGUCAAGGGUUUGGAAAUUACAAUCCAAAGGAGGACCCGAAGAACUUCAACCUAGUGGACCCUGUCGAACGAAACACAGGUGUGCCUUCGGGUGGGUGGGUUGCCAUACGAUUUAUUGCAGACAACCCAGGGGUAUGGUUCAUGCAUUGCCAUUUGGAAGUUCACACCAGUUGGGGUUUGAAGAUGGCUUGGCUGGUCUUGGAUGGAAAACUUCCGAACGACAAGCUUUUACCUCCACCUGUUGAUCUCCCAAAGUGCUAAAGUUUCUUUUUUGACUCAUUGCAUUCGAUUUUUUGUCUACAAAUCCAUUUCCGAUUUGAAUUUUUCUACCAACUAAAAUUAUACAUUCUUACCGGUUUACAUUGAAUGUUUCAAGCUAUAUAAUUGACCGCUAACAAGGAGAA